CGAGAAGGCUAAUUUGUGUAUGCUAAAACUCCGUGACGUGUAAGGCAGCUUGAAGCUGCCUAGCGGAACCUUUGCCUUGAAGUGGUUCCGAAAGUUGCAAGCCCAUAUGCACUUAACUAACAUGCUAGCUUAAGAUUUCUCACAAUUGCACCUGGUGCAUAGUGUUGGGCUUUAGAUACUGCCCAGACCUUGCGGACCCGAACGACUGGCGGCGUCGCUACUCGAGAUAGCACCAACUCCUUGACAGCUUUGGCCUGUCUACACGAUGAGACAAUCCGUCAACCGCCAGGUUCCUGGGCAGGCGUCGUCACGGGCGCCGCUUCCACCUCGCCCUGUGCCAGGAGCGAGCACAACACCCAGCCUUCCUAACGCUUCGCCAUCUCUCAGACAAAACGCGCAACCUUCCCCGCCGGCAGUUUCUUUCUCGCCAGGCCAGCAGCCAUCCAAUGGCGUCCCCACGGUCAGCGCCACACCAUCCCUGCCAUACCCAAACGGCGGGCCGGCUUCUAACGGCCUCCCCUACCACACCAACGGAGCAUCAUCGGCUGUGUCCAACGGCGCGCCUGCACCGCUCACAAUUGACCCCGCAUACUCGGCUGCUGCUGUCAACGACCUGAGCCAGCGGCUGCUGAUGGAGCAGAUGGCCAUGCUGCAGCGACAGCUGCUGGACAUGGCCUCCCUGGUGUCCAGCACGCAGGCUCAGAACCAGGCGCUCCUCUCACAGGUCACCGCGCUCACGCAGCAGGUGCAGGGAAUGACGACCGCGCAGCAGCACGCCCCUGCUGCUCCCGCCCCUGCUACUCCCGCGCCCGCCGCUCCCGCCCCUGCUGCUGCGCCAGCGGUGCAUGCCGCGGCGGAGAGCCCGGCUGCUGUGACCUCGUCGCCAACCCCGCCGCAGCCGCCGCAAGCACCGCCACCGCAGCAGGUGCAGCCUCAGACACAGGUCGCGUUCUCAGCGGCACCCCAGGCCCUAGCGGCAGAGGCGAGGGCGGACGACAGCCCGCCGGCCGCAGCAGCGACAGCAGCAGCAGCACCGGCCGCAGCAGCGACAGCAGCAGCAGCACCGGCCGCAGCGGAGGCGGCACCCGCGAGUCCGCUCCCCGAGCUGGAGGCGCGCAUGCAGCAGCUGUCCGCCGCCACUGGGGAGCUGAGGGAGCUGUACGACAGCUUGGCGGCGGCGGGAGCGGGAGCCACAAGCGCGGGAGAGGAGAGCGUGCCGACGUCACAAGCCAGCACGGAAGCUGUGGCAGAUGGUGCCGCGCAGGAGACGGCGGCACAGCCCCAGCCUCACGCGCACGUCGCUCCCACCGGGCUCGCUGCUGCUGCUGCCGCUGACUUGCCAGCUACGCCAGCGUCACCACAAGCGCCGGUUCAGCCAGCAACCCUAGCUGCCGCCGCCGCCGCCGCCGCCGCCGCAGCAGCAGCAGCAGCAGCAGCAGCAGCAGCGGCGUCCACCGCGGGCCCGGGUCCGGCUGCUGGUGUUGCCGGCAGCUCGGGAACUGCUCCCGUCGGCAGCCGGCAACCGGGGCGGGGCGGGCGCUACACGGGCCCAGCACGUGACAGCUGGUACCGGGGCGCCCCGCCCGCCGCGGACGCUGCUGCCGGCAGCGCCGCCACCACCCCCAACAGCGAGGGAGUGGGCCGACGCAGCGUUAGGGGAGAGAGGCCGCCGACGGCGGGUGCGCCGGGUGCCUCCGCGGGUGCCGUACCCGCGGGGCAGCGUCAGGGCGCAGCCGGCAGCGCCGCUGUGCCCUACGGUGCGGCUCUGGAGGCGCGCAUCCGCGGCUGCAGCACCGUGGCGGAGCUGCGCGGGGUGGUGGCGGAGGACCGCCUGAGUCCGCAGCAGGCGGUGCUGGCGGCGCAGCAGCUGCCGCGCAUCGUACGGCAGCGGCAGGAGCAGCUGCAGGAGCAGCUGCAGAGGUCGGCCCUGCAGCAGCAGCAGCAGCAACAGGCAGCGCCUGUGGGAAGGGGACCCGGCGGUGCCGCCAGGAUUGCCCCGGGUGCGGUUAGCGGGACGGACGCAGAGACGGCGGAGCUGAGGGAGUGCCAUCUGCGCCUGCUCUCCCGCUUCACCUCCCAGAACGCGCUAGCCACCCUGCGCCCCGCCUUCCUGCCCUCCUACCUCGCGCUGGCGGCGGUGUGCAACGAGCUGCGCAUCCCGCCGUCACGUGCCUUCGCUGGCGUCGUACGGCAGCUGGUCACCGACAACGUGACGGAGGCGGGGCCGGAGCUGGCGGCGGCGGGGUUGGCGGCGGUGGCGCAGCUGGAUGGAGUGGUGGCGCCGGGCCUGCUGGAGAAGGCGUGCAAGGUGCUGAGUGACGC